GCGGGCCGGCCUGCUGUGUGGCUCCUGGGCUUUGGCCCUAAGGGGCCCACCCAGGCGCUGGAGCCGCGCGCUCUCAGUCCGUUCUUGGCCCGUGGGGCUGGCCCUGAGCUCGGUUUUAAAGUACUGACCUGCUCGGCUCCCGCCUCCCCGUGCCAAGGGCCCGGCCCUGCUCGUUGAGGAGCUGGAGCUCCGACCCUUGGGCAGUUCCCGUGCCCACCUCUGCAGUUUGGGGGGGGCCGCCGGAAGGAGGGAGGGCAGCGUGCGGACUGGUCACCUGCUUCGCGCAGGGCGUCGGGGAUGGAGGCUGAAUUUCGGGGGAGCCAUCGCUGCUUUUUGUGAUGGAAGCAUCCUUGAACACUUAUCAAGAUGAACAACCUCCUCUGCAGGCUGAAAAUUUCUAUAGGAAACAUGAAAAGAACAGCAAGUUGUCAGGAGUAAAAAAAGAUAUUGAAAAACUUUAUGAAGCAGUGCCACAGCUUGUAAAGGUGUUCAAAAUUAAGGAAAAAAUUGGAGAAGGUACUUUUAGUUCAGUUUAUUUGGCCACAGCCCAGCAACAAGCAGGAUGUGAGGAAAAAAUGGCUUUGAAACACCUAAUUCCAACUAGUCAUCCUCUACGAAUUGCUGCUGAACUUCAGUGCCUUACAAUAGCAGGGGGGCAGGAUAACGUUAUGGGAGUUAGAUAUUGCUUUAGAAAAAAUGAUCAUGUAGUUAUCGUUAUGCCAUAUCUGGAACAUGAAUCCUUUUUGGACAUUUUGAACUCUCUCUCUUUUGAAGAAGUACGAGAAUACAUGUUUAAUCUGUUUAAAGCAUUGAGGCGCAUUCAUCACUUUGGUAUUGUUCACCGUGAUGUCAAGCCCAGUAACUUCCUGUACAACAGGCAGCUGAAAGAGUAUGCCCUAGUAGAUUUUGGUUUGGCACAAGGAACCCCCGAUACGAAAAUAGAACUACUCAGAGUUGUCCAAUCUGAAAGCCAACAGGAAAGUUGCUCACAAAAUAAGCCUCACCUAACCUUGGGAAACAGGGUUUCUGUCAAUGGUACAGCAUCUAGACAGAUAGCUCAACAGUCAGCCUCAAAAACAUCUGAUAAAUGGUGCUGCUCACAAAUGCAGAACAAACAAGGAAAAGGAAAGGAGGGGUCUGUGCACCAUUCUGUCCAGCGCUCUGUCUUUGGAGAGAGAAAUUUUAAUAUCCAUAGCUCCACAUACCAGGAGAGCCCCACAAUAAAACUCAUAAAGCAAUCAAAGGUGAUGGAUGUUGCAUCUAGAAAAUUAGCAACAAAGAAGAAGAUUAUUUCUACAAAAGCAGUGAACAAUGGUGUAGCCAAGAAAGCUGCCAACAGUUGCCCAGCUAUCUUGACCUGUGACUGUUAUGCAACAGAUAGAGUUUGCAGUGUUUGCCUUUCAAGACGUCAGCAAGUUGCUCCUAGGGCAGGUACACCAGGAUUCAGAGCACCAGAGGUGUUAACUAAGUGCCCUACUCAGACUACAGCAAUUGACAUGUGGUCUGCAGGAAUCAUAUUCCUUUCUUUGCUCAGUGGACGGUAUCCAUUUUACAAAGCAAGUGAUGAUUUAACUGCUUUGGCACAAAUCAUGACUAUUCGUGGAUCCAGAGAAACUAUUCAGGCUGCUAAAACAUUUGGCAAAUCAGUAUUGUGUACUAAAGAAGUCCCAGCACAGGAUUUAAGAACACUUUGUGAAAGACUGAGAGGAACAAAUAGCAGCUGUGCUAAAUCAACAAGUGAUAUGCACACCAACUCUUUAUAUGAACCUGCUUUGGCAAUUGAGACAGACAAAAAAGUAGAGUUUGCUUCCCAGCCACUUGGGGAACAAAUCCAGCGUCUGAAGAACAACUGUCAUGAAGGUGACAAUGGCUUGGAAAUUAAGAUAACAGGAAAGGCAACUGAUUUGAAAGGAUGGGACAGAGUUCCUGAUGAAGCUUAUGAUCUACUUGAUAAGCUACUAGAUCUAAACCCGGCUACAAGAAUAACUGCAAAAGAGGCUUUGCUGCAUCAUUUUUUUAAAGAUAUCAGACAGUGAGAAGACACCUGAUUCCAUUAUUUCCUUGAUCUUUGCUUCACAUGAAAAUAUUACACAGUAUUAGUUUGAGUUUAUUUAUCUUCAUGGCAUGUAGUGAUCUGCUUUUCUUGUACUGGGUGGAACUGGUUUCUGAAAAAUUACUAGAAAUAUGUUUCUGGUGGAGGAAGGUUGGCAUCAUGGAUUGGAAGUAGAAUAUGGAGCAUUUCACCUUUUUAAAAUCACAAUUUCAAGUCCAUUUCUUGUUACUAGUGAUGGAAACAUCUUCUGAUGGCUGUUCAGUGGCCUAUGUGAAGUGAAUUUAUGGUUGUAGUCCAACUGUAGAAUUCAAAGUGUUUGCAUUACCAAAACCCUUCCUUGCUAACACUUAGAUACCAAAUAUUGAAUAAACAUGACAGGUGACAUAUUUUCACCCCCCUACUUUAUUGCUGAAGCUCAUUGGUGAGGUGUGGAACAUUGCUGCUGUGCUGUACCUGUUCUAGGAGGAAAAGAAGGACUUAGUCUAAGACUGUCAAUAACAAGUUUCAUGAGCACUAAGUUGAACUAUUUGUUUUUAAAUCUUCUAAUAAAAUUUAAAGCUAAUCUUUCCUAUAAAAUAUAAUACACAAA